AGAACAGCUGCAAGGCACACCCCAUCCUUCUAACAAUAGCCAAGAUGGUCAAGCCCCAGCUGAACCAAUCCAACCAUGCUCCCUCCACCAUGGCCUUGCCCAGGUUCUCAAUUCCUGGCCAAGGAAGCCCCAUGAUAUCUGUUCGAUCACUGUCGACUUUCCCUUGCCAGACUAAGAUGAACGGCCAAAUUUUCGCGGUUUCAAACAACAUCCAGGCAGUCGUAAGCACCCAAGAGAAAUCGACCUCCAUUAAGGCCGUAGUCACCGUGAAGCCAACCGUUGGUGGUUUCUUUUCUAACCUUGGCCUGACCCGCGGGCUCGAUGUUAUUACUGAUUUGUUAGGCAGAACGCUUCUACUUGAGCUUGUCAGCGCCGAGCUUGAUCCAAAGACGGGAUUGGAGAAGAAGCCAAUCGAAGCAUUCGCAAGAUGUGGGGGCCACAAGGAUGAUGAACUGAAGUACGAGGCCGAGUUCGAGAUCCCCGGUGGUUAUGGUGAAAUUGGAGCGGUUCUAGUGACUAAUGAGCAUCAUAAGGAGAUGUUCAUGGAUGACAUAAUCCUCACUGGUUUUGCUAGUGGACCAAUCACAAUCAAGUGCAAUUCGUGGGUUCAUGCCAAAAGUGAUAACCCCGAUAAGAGGAUCUUCUUCACCAAUAAGUCAUACUUGCCAUCACAAACCCCAGGUGGUCUAAAGCGGAUGAGAGAAAAGGAGCUCGAAAUCCUACGUGGCGACGGUCAGGGAGAACGCAAGGCUUUUGAGAGAAUCUACGACUAUGACGUGUACAAUGACCUAGGGAAUCCAGAUGAGAGCGAUGACUUGGUAAGGCCCGUCCUAGGUGGCAAGGAGCACCCUUAUCCACGCCGUUGCCGGACUGGACGGCCUAGAUCGGAGAAGGAUCCUGAGAGCGAGACAAGGAAUGGGAAUUUCUACGUGCCGAGAGACGAGGCGUUCUCGGAAGUGAAGCAGUUGAACUUUUCGGUUAAGACAUUUAGGUCGGUAGUGCGUGCGCUGUUGCCAUCUCUCGUGACACUACUGGUGGACAGCGAGCUAGGGUUUCCAUACUUCACGGACAUUGAUUCGCUCUUUGAUGAUGGGCUGAGCUUACCCUCACCACCCAACGAGGGUAAAGGAUUCUUUAAGCUGCUGCUGCCCAGGCUCGUUAAGACUCUACAAGAGGGUGGGGAGGAGCUCUUGCGCUUUGAUCUCCCUGAAAUGAUUGAGAGAGACAAGUUCUCAUGGUUCAGGGAUGAAGAGUUCGCUCGUCAGACUCUUGCAGGCCUCAACCCCUUCAGCAUUCAAUUGGUUACGGAAUUUCCAUUCGUGAGCAAGCUCGACCCUAAGAUCUAUGGCCCACCUGAGUCUGCAAUCACAAAGGAACUCAUUAACUGUGCAAUUAAGGGGUACAUGACAGCUGAUGAGGCCCUUGAGCGCAAGAAGCUCUUCGUGAUUGACUACCAUGAUUUGCUCUUGCCAUACGUGCACAAGGUGAGAGAGCUGGAAGGGACCACCUUGUAUGGGUCCCGCACGCUCUUCUUCCUCAUGCCCAAGGGCACACUGCGGCCCAUCGCCAUCGAACUCACACGGCCCGCUUCACCCACUCAGCCCCAGUGGAAGAUGGUGUUCACCCCUGGCUUCGACAACACCGAUUCCUGGCUCUGGAAAUUCGCCAAGGCUCACGUGUGUGCUCAUGACACCGGCUAUCACGAGCUCAUCACCCACUGGCUAAGAACUCAUUGUUGCACGGAGCCUUACAUAAUUGCGGCUAAUCGGCAAUUAAGUGCAUUGCACCCUAUUUAUAGAUUACUGCUGCCUCACUUCCGAUACACUAUGGAGAUCAAUGCGCUCGCUCGUGAAGCCCUCAUUAAUGGCAAUGGAAUCAUCGAGACAUCCUUUACGCAGAAAAAGUAUUCCAUGCAAUUCAGCUCUGAUGCCUAUGAUCAGCUUUGGAGAUUUGAUAUGGAGUCCCUACCAGCGGACCUGAUUAGAAGGGGUAUGGCAGUUGAAGAUCCAACGGCUGAGCAUGGCCUAAAGCUGACCAUAGAAGACUACCCAUUCGCCAAUGAUGGCCUUCUCAUCUGGUCAGCUAUCAAGCAAUGGGUCAGCGACUACGUGACCCACUACUACCCAGACAACAGCCAGGUGUCAUCAGAUAGCGAGCUCCAAGCAUUUUGGGCAGAUGUACGGACCAAAGGCCAUGCAGACAAGAAAGACGAGCCAUGGUGGCCAACCUUGAACACCACGGAUGACCUAAUCCAUGUCCUGACCACCAUCAUCUGGGUUGCCUCAGCCCACCAUGCCUCAACCAACUUCGGCCAGUACACCUACGGUGGGUAUUUCCCGAACCGGCCCUCCAUCAUGCGAACCAACAUGCCAACGGAGGACUUGUCAGGCAACGAACUGGAACGGUUCUGGAAGAGGCCUGAGUCUAUGCUGCUGGAGAGCUUCCCAUCGCAGGUCCAGGCGACGUUGGUGAUGGCUAUCUUGGAUGUGUUGUCUACUCACUCGUCUGAUGAGGAGUAUUUGGGGAACUUACCAGAAUCAGCAUGGACCGAUAGUCUUGUAAUCAAGGCCGCGUUCGAGAAAUUCCAUGGACGGAUGGAAGAGAUCGAGGGGAUCAUAGAUGAGAGAAACAGCAAUAUGAAUCUGAGGAACAGGACUGGAGCUGGGGUGGUACCAUAUGAGCUAAUGAAGCCAUUCUCUGAGGCUGGUCGCACAGGAAAGGGAAUCCCAUACAGCAUCUCAAUCUGAAGUUGACAAAUGGAAUGGCAGUUUGGUAGUUAGAGUAUAGAUUAUGCGUUUUUAUAGGGAAUUCGUGGAUGGAUUGUUGUAGGAAUGUUACAAUAAGGAUGCGCGGGUUGAGUUGAGAUGUCUAAUAAAAAUGGGAAUUCUCUUAUUCA